AACCAACUGUCAUUGUCAUGGGAAUCACAAACAUGAACUUUGGAACAACAUUCCAAGACCUUCAAAAUCAUUCUAAAACAAAUUGAGCACUUUAACACCAACAACAUGAAAAAAUUCAGAUACUUGAAUCCAAUUCUCCUCAAACAAUUUCACAAAUCAUCAUCAACAAGAUCCAUUCCAUCAAUAAUCACCAACAAAUUACUAUUUCGCCCUUUGAUUCCUCACUUAUUCGAUGAUCGAUCAUCAUUCUGUCACUACGAAAACCCUAAUUUUCAGAUCUCCAAGCGCUGGCAUGUCGGUCGUUCUCACCAUGAUCAAACCAGUGAAGAAGGCGACAGGAUUUUCCGCCUCGGUUUGGCCGCCGAUGUCGGUUUGACCGCCGGAAAAGUGUUGACCGGUUAUCUUUCCGGUAGCACUGCUAUUAUUGCUGAUGCUGCUCAUUCUCUCUCCGAUGUGGUGUUAAGCGGCGUUGCUUUGCUGUCAUUUAGAGCUUCAAGGGUUCCGAAGGACAAAGAACACCCAUAUGGGCAUGGCAAGUUUGAGACUCUAGGUGCCCUUGGUAUUUCCGGUGUGCUUUUGUUAACGGCUGGAGGUAUUGCAUGGCAUGCUUUGGAUGUUUUAGUGGGGGUAAUGUCAGCGGCUUCUGAGGUAGCUAAUCAGUCAUUGCCACAUCAGCAUGCUCCUAAUCACGGUCAUCAUCAUGGGAUUGACAUGAAUCACCCUAUACUAGCUUUGAAUACGACUAUUGUUGCGAUUGCCGUUAAAGAAGGAUUGUAUUGGAUGACAAAAAGAGCAGGAGAAAGGACUGGUAGCGGAUUGAUGAAAGCAAACGCAUGGCAUCAUCGUGCGGAUGCCGUUUCAUCACUCGUUGCUCUUAUCGGGGUUGGCGGAUCUAUUCUCGGUGUACGCUUUCUAGAUCCCCUUGCUGGACUUGUUGUCUCCGGCAUGAUCCUAAAAGCUGGACUUCAAACUGGGUACCAGAGUAUCUUGGAACUGGUGGAUGCUGCAAUACCGUCACAUCAUUUGGAUCCAAUCAGAAAGACGGUAUUACAAGUAAAAGGAGUGGAGGGUUGCAGACACCUUAGGGGAAGGAGAGCUGGUUCAUCUCUAUAUCUCGAUGUAAAGAUUGAGGUUGAUCCCUGUUGUAGUAUAAGCGUAGCACAUCAAAUUGGUGAAAGUGUUCGGUACCAAAUUCAGAGUUCUCAUCCGGAAGUUUCUGAAGUCUUCAUACAGUUAGAGCCUGCCACUAAGCAAGAAGUUGCAGACGUAACUUGUGAUUCAGGUGAUUUAAUGUUGGAAGAUGAUCGGAUUGAAGAAAUGGUGAACAAGUUGCUGCCUAACAUGUUUUCCGAGAAAACGGUUGUUAAGAGUGUAAGAAAGCGCAAACUGGAAGACAAGUUUUUGCUUGAAGUUGAAGUCUCCAUGCCGGUCGAUGCCUUGAUUAGGAGUGAUGAAAUGAAAGUUCCAGUGGAAUACAGGAGCCUUGACCUGCAAGUAAACAUUGCAAACAGUCUUAAAGAUUUGCAACAUAAAGAAUGAUGCAAGAUUUGUCCUUGAGAAUUUAGAAAAAUAUUUUGAUUUGUUAAUUUGUAGUGUACUCAAAACCAGAUGAUUAACAAAUAGGAAUAAUCUCAUAAAAUUCCCUUAAAAUGGAUGGGAUUAAAGAAGUGGAUACAAAGUUAAAUGUUUUUUGAGGUAAACUUCCAAUUUCAUGAUGGAAGAUCGGAAAUAAUUUCAUUAUUGUUGUAAGAAUAUUUAUUAAGUUUAAUUAUUGAAGCGGUUUUGCAAUUCAAAA